CCCGGCCGGCUGAAGAAACCCGCCGCUUGUCACCGCCGGACCGUCUGCGUGGGAUGGGGCGGGCUCGCCGCAACGGGAGAGCAGGCCCCUCGGCGCGGGCUCCGUCCGCCCAGGCGUAAGCGGGGAAGAGAAAAUGGAAGGCAACAGCUCCCUUCGCAUUCAACGUUGGUCUACGAGACACGUGGCCAAGUGGCUGAAGCAAGAAGGCUUUUGUGAGUAUGUGGAGAUUUUGUGUGAUAGACACCGGCUGGAUGGCAUCACGCUUUUGACUCUGACAGAAUAUGACUUGCGGUCCCCUCCCUUGGAGAUCAAGGUUUUGGGGGACAUCAAGCGCCUGAUGCUGUCCAUACGGAAACUGCAGAAGCAUCACGUGGAGAUUUUGGAGGAGCUGGGCUACAGCAGCGAGACCCCCAUCGGGUCCCUGUCCCCCGUGAUUGGCUGCGUCCAAGGAAGGGAAUGGUUUUGCAAUGGCGAAGUGCAGCGGGACUGCGAUGACUGUGAACCUGUGUCUGAGCUGAGCGCUGAGCAGUAUCAGUACACCAACGGGAAAGGCAAGCAUUCUCCGAGGACACUGAACCCCGAAUAUUGGAAGACGGCCUUGAGCUGCAUAUAUGUCUUCAUUGUGUUUGGCUUCACCUCCUUCGUCAUGGUCAUCGUGCAUGAGCGAGUACCCGAUAUGCAGACCUACCCACCGCUACCGGACAUAUUCCUGGACAGUGUCCCUAGAAUCCCGUGGGCUUUUGCCAUGACUGAAGUAUGUGGAGUGAUCCUCUGCUACAUCUGGUUGCUGGUUCUCCUCCUUCACAGGCACAGAUCUAUCCUUUUGCGACGACUAUGCAGCCUGAUGGGAACUGUGUUCUUGUUACGUUGUGUAACCAUGUUUGUGACCUCACUGUCGGUGCCAGGACAACAUUUGCAGUGUUCUGGAAAGUUAUAUGGCAAUGUGUGGGCAAAACUUCAGCGAGCCUUUGCUAUUUGGAGUGGAUUUGGCAUGACGUUAACAGGAGUACACACCUGUGGAGACUAUAUGUUCAGUGGCCAUACUGUUGUCCUGACUAUGCUGAACUUUUUUGUUACUGAAUAUACCCCAAGAAGCUGGAACUUUUUGCACACGUUGUCUUGGGUGCUGAAUCUGUUUGGGAUCUUCUUCAUUUUGGCUGCUCACGAACACUACUCCAUCGAUGUCUUCAUUGCCUUCUACAUCACUACGAGACUCUUUCUGUACUAUCACACGCUGGCGAACACAAGAGCCUAUCAGCAAAGCCGGAGAGCCAGGAUCUGGUUUCCCAUGUUUUCCUUUUUUGAAUGCAAUGUCAACGGUACAGUCCCAAAUGAAUAUUGCUGGCCCUUUUCAAAGCCAACCAUAUUGAAAAGGUUAAUCGGCUAAAGAAUACCCAGCUUAAUUCACAUCUUCUGAAGUACUUGCAACUAACCUUCUUCAAGAAAUGUUGGGCAGGAAGGGUUGUUUUCACCCACAGCCUCUCUCUCCUCUGGCCUUCUUCAUCCUCUCCUAGCUUAUAAGGUUCAGAGGAGACACAUUGCCAUUUUUUUAAAACAACACCACCACCAACAGCAAUAUUCAGGCAAAGUUGUUAAGCUGUAACGAAGUUCUGCAUGGAUGUGGUGAGGUGAGAUGGCCGGUUCAGCAAAUCUUAUAGCUUUCUUGUUGGGAGGAUCUUAAAUUGAUCUUGGCUGCAGGAAUAACUUCAGAUCCAGGUACCACCUAAGCAGCUUUGGACCUGUUUGCACAUCACGGGUAACCAUAAAUAGCUGAGUAUUGACUUUCUGGUUUGCACCCUUAUAGAUGGCCCUUGACUUUGGGGUUGAUUCUGCUUGUGACUUAUUAAGCCAUUUUGAAUGGUAGACACACGGUUCGAAGGCAAGACUUACAGUCCAGAUGGAACUAAUAGUAGCAAUCUAAGAACCGCUUACGUCCUGCUGUUGAACAGUAUGUUUCAACAUGAAAAAAUGGCGAACAAGCGAGCGAUGGAAACUGCCUUGGUCAGGUUGCUUGUGGAAAGCAAUAACUCGUGCAGGUAGGGCUCUGUAGGUGCAUUCGUGCUUAACUAUGUAAUGCUUAAAUGUGAUGUGCAAGCACGUAUGUUGUACCUUGGACAAAUACGAAUACUGACAAAAAUGGUCAUAGUCAUUCAGUAAUUGGCUCUCAGUAUUUAUUUUAGCAAAUAAAUAAGUUGGGGAACAUUCACCCAGGGACAUAGGUUUUCCCAAAGCCUUCAGUAUGAAAAAUAUACUGUGUAUUAAUAAAAGGGGCAAACUUAGCAUUUCUGGUGAACGAUGCUAAAACUCUGAACAGGCUUGACUGAUUUAAGAUAAAGAAAUUAAUGCCAUUGUGUCCUCCGGCGGUCCCGAGUGUUUACAUUUCAUUAAACCGGUAAGAAAUACAUGAGAAAUGAGGUUGGUUGAGAUUUUGUGCCACAACUCUUUCAAGUGCAGUAUUAAACACUUAUUUAAAUCCGUGCAUGCUUUUUACACAUUGACGUUUAGGGGUAGUAAUCCUGUUAAAUUGGGAGACAAGCUAAUAAGUUGAAUAAAGGCAUGUGGGCAUCUUCAUGGAGUUUUGCUUGAAGCACAUGGGUGAUGCACUGAACUCUGGUUUGGGAUAGAAGCCCAUUUUCCCUCCCCUUCACUGGUAGUCUUCAAAAAUAUCCAACACUGAAAAAGUUGAAAUUUAAUUAGCUACUUGAGAAAUUUCUGAGAUGCUUCUUGGUGGAAGUUAAGUGAUGGAAGUUUGGUGGUUUCAGUCACUGACACUUUUUUUGAUGAAUGGACCGAUGGACGAAAGUAUGGCGGCUGAUUCUUGGCGGCCGUUUAUUCUUUUCCCGCGCGGCCGCCAUUUUGGCACUUGGAGCUCCUGGCAACCCUCCUUAUUUUUUCUCUCUCUGAAACCUACCUUUCAUAAAAGUUACUCAGAUUUGUUCUUGAUCUUUUAAACCAUCCACUCAGUUUAAAGCUGAGAGUCCCAAUAGCCUAAAAAUGGGGAUGGUUUUGUGUAUUACAAGAAGUUCAGGGUAGGUACAAUGUCUCCCCCCCCCCCAAAAAAAGGACCAGUUAUUUUAAAUCUGGAAUGCAAGGUUUGUCUCUUCCAUUGUACAAAUUAAUAUGUCACUGUUCGAAGUUGUCCGCAGCUGGAUGUGCAUAAGGGUUAUUUGUAAUCCGUUUCUAAUUUAGAUUUUUAAACUUGACAGUUUUGAAAGUUGUGGUCAAGUCAGUUAUAUAGUCUUAGUAACUUCAUAGAGGGCGAGUGAGUUUCACUGACUCAAAGUAGUCCAUCUGUCUUUUGCUUUGAAUACUUUUUCAACUAACCAACACUGAAUUUUCUGGUGGCGCUCAGAUGACUCGACAUAGCCCAGUUGCAACCUUUACCCAGUGCUUUCUCCUGAUAUCUAAAUUAGCCCAGUCUCACAAACAGAGAACUUUUUCCAGAACUGUGAAUUGGCAGGUAAGAGAUCGCAAACUCACUUUUGAUGUUGUGCUCUGAGAGAUUAAUUUCAGAGAUUAAUAUUAGGAGGCAUAAAAAUGCAGAGCUUCACUUUGAAUUUCAAGAAAUCUUAUCAAAAAAAUAUACUGUAAUAAUCUUAAGAGCACCUAAAAGAUUAUUAACCUAUACCUUAAAAGUAUUUUCACCCCAGAACAUUGUAAAUAUUUCUAGCAAUAUUUAAUAUUGCCCCACUAAUACAGUAUUCACGUAAAGGUCUUCUUUGGUGUCAUUUCAAGGUGAAGUGAAACCGAAUCCUUGAAGAGAAAGAAUUGCCUUUUUUUCACAAAUUCCAGAAUGUUCCGGAGAAUGCAUUGAAACCAAAUUUUUUCUAUAAAACGAUUUUCAUGCGCAUUGGCCUUUAAUUUGCAUAAAAGAAUUAAGCAGGGAGGUCAUCUCCCAAUAUAUUGAAAUAUAGCAUGAGGUGUGUUCUUUUUUUAAAAUUAGAAAUACAGAAGCAGUUGUUUCUAUCAGCUGAAGUGGCAGGUUUUUACGGUAGCAGCCCAUGGAGGUGAACAAUAAAACAGGCAGUUUGUUGCAUUUUGAAGGCAACAAUAUUCUACCUUGGGUUUGGCCUAGCAGGAAAAAUUAAAAUGAUUUUUUUCUUCACCCCGUUCACGCUUUCGACGCGCUUUCAGUGUUUACCUCAUUUUUCCUCGAUAGCAAACGUACAAAAUGAGUCUUUUUCGAAGUGUGUGUUUUGUCGGCUGUUUAAAAACAAAUCUCAGUAAAAUGCGACAGUGAAUGCCGGAUAGGAAGCAGCCAGUCCCUCAGUUUACAGAUGCCUUUGUUCAGGGAGUAGGGCUUUGUCCAUCAAAAGUAUUCUCAAGUUUACAGGCCCAGGUCCGCAGUAUUAUAUGUCUGGAAACGAGGCAACAGAAGUGGCGAUCUGGGAACAAACGUACAGGAGCACAACUGAAUGACCCUCUGUAGAAGGAGCUUCGAUGAUCCUUCUCUAGCUGGGCCAUGCCAUUUCAAUCUUCAUCAGCGGCUUCCUUGAUGGGACACUUCCCCAUUGAGAGAAAACCAUACAGAGCAGGCAACUUUAAGACUUGUGGACUUCAACCAGCAAAACUGGCUGAGGAACUCUGGGAGUUCAAGUCCACCAGUCUUAAAGUUGCUAAGGUUGGAGACCCCUGGUUCAGAGAAUUUGGCUUCUUGAAGUCUUAACUAAUCUGUUGCUCCUAACCUGACCGACGGGCAACUUUGAAAUAAUUUCUCAUUUUCAUUAUAAUUGUAUUUGCACUUUGGAUUCUUACUAAAAAAAAAAAAAAAUUAGUCGUUCUAUGAAUUUGUAGUCUGGAAACAUCUCAUCUUAAAAUUAAUCCCACCUCAGUUCAUUUUGAGGCUGCGUUUCGAACGGAUUUCCUCAAGUUGUUCCAAACUGUAACACAUUUGUUACACUGUGGAUGUCUCCUGUUUGAAACAUCAGAUUUGAUGGUUAACUUUUAACUUUAAGAGGAGCAAUAUUUACGACGAUGUUACCAUUGGUUUCGUUUAAUUUUUCCAAGCAGGAUUCUCUUUAUUUGGCCUUUUUGUUCAUACUCCGAGUAGAAAAGUAGUAAGGGUAAGACUGACAAUUUCAAAAUCUGGCACGUGUCAUUUUGUAAAUCGGGAAUACCUCAUGAACUUUAAAUGAUGUCAGUCGGCAGUAACUUUGUAUUAGACUAAGGCCCUUGGUUCAGUAGUUAAGGUUUUCCUGCUGUUCUCUCCAUCCGUUAUCUAGUCUGUUAAGAACUGUGAUAUAUUCUGCUAUUGUCCCAGCACUUGACAGAUAUUUAAUUAAAUUAAUAUUGGCAUAUUCUCAUUAUGCCGUCAGCAGUUUCUGUGAAUUUCGGAGUAUCUGUGUAGCCAUUCUGGGAUUCCCUUUCUUUCCGCUUCCUAAGAGUAACUUUAAGUAAUGGUAGACAUCUGUUCUCAUUGCCCACCAAAGCAAAGAGUAUCUGUGACCACAAAGCUGGCUGCCAUGUGUUGAAUUGGGCAGGGAUGUCUUGCUAUGAGUUAGGAGGAAGAAAAUGGGGAUGUUAAGAACCUAAAAACACAUGUAUUUCUCAGGAGGAAAUUUGCAAGUUAUCUUGGCCCUACUCUCUGAUUUAUAUUUGUUCUGAUUUGCUAAAUUUGGACUAAAUUCUAAGUCCAACACAGGAUUAUCACUUGACCAUCUGAUUAAAACCAAGUUUUUACAGACCAAAACAUUUCACUGCUAUCGUGGUGGAGGGUUCUCUUUCAGUCACAAGUGGCCUCACUUGGCUUGAGGUUAUCUGACCAUAAAACAAGGAACUGUACACUUCUGCAGCUCUUGUUUCCUUAGUUAGAGGCUAAACGUAGUUACUGUUUUGCUGAACAAAACCAAAGCAAGGGAAUAGUAACCGGGCUAAAGUUGUUGACUUUGAUAUAUGGCACAGACAUUUUGAUUUUGAUUUCCCCCCCUCCUCUCCCUAAAACACGGUAAUGUUUGAAGACUUGAAUAUUCCUUUUACGUAAUGGUUUGAAGCACAGAUGUUGUGUAAGUAAAGAUGGAAUUAGUUCCAACAUGAACAUGGAUUUAAUUUAUAUUGUUUUGUAUGUUUUGUGUUAAACUAUUGAAGCAUUCAAUAAAAUCUGACAGUUAACUAAA